GGCGGCGGGCAGGGGCUGCCGGCUGCGGGGUCGGGAUGGCGCAGCCCGCAGAGGCCUCGGGCCACACGGCGACCGCCAGCGCCAGCAUGGACAACAACGUCCUGGCCAUCGUCAUCGCCGCCACGGUGUCCACCUCCGUCUUCAUCGUGGCGAUCCUCAUUCUGCUGCUGCUCUUGUACCACCGGGACCCCAUGUGCUGCCAAUUCCUCUGCUCCUGCCGCCUGUUCCAGACCCCCAGCCAGUAUGACCGCCCCCCGCCCUACUUCAGCAGCAGCCAGCAGCUGGUGGGACCCCAGCGUGGAGCCUCACGGCUGGAGAGCAGUGCUGAGAACCCCGGCAUGCAGGGAGACGAGCUCUUCUGUGUCGGACCCCCCAGCACGUACCAGCUCCCGUCCUGGGAGCAGCCCCGCCUGCCUAGCUACGAGAGCGUGCGGAAGAAGGAUCGCCAGCGGGAGAUCCAUCAGAUGAUUGCUGACAGGUUUGGGCUGUGGGCAGAGCCAUCCCAGGAGAUGCCACCUCCUUAUGAGCAUGCUCUGAGGCAUCCUCCAGCUUUCUCAGGAACAGGAAUAAGCUCAGGGACCUUGGACAGACAUGGUGUUCCAGACCCUUUCCAUGCCCCCUUCAGCUACCAAACUCAGCGGAACACUGCGGUGUAAGGCCUCGCCCUCAGUGUACUGCUGUCAGCAACAGAAGUGCCUGGGAUACCAUUUUCCUCCACAGUGAAUGGCCAAACCUUCACCCAGAUCCACAAUCAGCUGAAACACAGGCAAGACCAACCCAGUCAUCAGUGACAUCCCUCUUGCAGCACAAGAACAACCACAGAGCCAUUGCUGGGUGCUGCACUGAGCAGAGGAACCAGGGACAUCUGCUCACUCUUCUCUGGCAAACACCAAAGGCAAAGGUCCAGCUGCUGGAGCUGCACAGGGCAAAGCCAAGGAAUGUCUGCUAGGCCAGAGCUCCUCAGGAGCAGCAUUUCAUACCUCUGUGAGGCAGCACUGCUGGCUGCACAACGGC